AUGGAUUCCUCCUCUGAUCCACAAUCGCUUUAUGGAGCAAUGGACACUGAAUCACCACGACGCAAGUUGAAGAAGCGAGACUCCAGCAAUGACAAUGUGUCCGAGCAUGAGAGCAAUCGCAAGAACAAGUUACGCUCCCGUAAAGGACGUCAAGAAGAUGAUCGAGCAUCACUUGAUAGUAGAGAGAUGACACUGAAAGAUAGACAAGAGCAAAUGAAUAAGCGACAUCCCUUUGGUUUACCCAUCUGGAAACCAGCCUUGUACAAGAAAUCCCGUUCAGUGGUUCGAAGAGCCAAUCGAGCACUUCAUUCAUCGCCAUCGUCAUCUCCCGAACUGUUUUUGGAUCCUGGCAACUUGGCCUGGCUUGUGAUCUUUGGAUGGUGGCUCUCAUUGCUGAUGUUUGUAAUCUCGGUCAUUUUACUCCUUGUACCACCCGAUGGUUAUGCAUAUGGCCGUGUCAUGCGUGAACUUGCAUCCUACCUACUAUGGCCAUUCGGUCGCUACGUUGAACAUCAUGGCGAAGCUCACCACAAACAACCCAUCCAUUCAUCAGCAGCAUCCGUCAGCAGUCUAGCAGCAAGUAUUACCAGCACAAGUAGAAGCUCCACAUUGAGCAACAACAACAACAAUGAUUACGAUGAGAAUCGAUCAGUCAUAUCCAUUGAUGAUGACGACGAGGAGUCUUGCUUGCUACAAGAUAAGCGGAGGCGAAAGCAAAGCAUGCUCGGAUGCAUUAUGGAUGUGAUCAAAAGUGGCCCUGGUGGAUGCGCAUACUACGUCUUGUAUUUUAUCAUCAUUGCACCUACUAUGUUUGUGGUAUCUGCCAUCUGCUGGUUAUGCGUGAUCACUAUUCCCAUGUCCAAGCUCAAUUACAUUUUACUACGACAUUUACGGCAAUACCCACUCAGCCUUCGAUUCAAAUCAAGCCCUUCUGGACAAGCUGAUAUGGUACAUAGUGGUCGCCCCGUUGUCAUCCUCUUAUGCACCUAUCAAGCGGUGGGAUUGCAGUAUUACAAGUACACAUAUGAUGGCAUCAAUAUCAUUUUCAUCAACUUGAUUCCCUUGGUGUUCUUUGUCAUAUUCGAUGAAUACGUCCUCAAGCAUUAUUUUCCUGACAGCAUGAUCACUUCACCACAAGUCGUAUUUGCACUCUCUCUUUCAUCGGUGAUUCCCCUAUCCUAUUUCAUUGGGAUGGGUAUUUCCUCUGUUUCAGCACAAUCAAGCAUGGGCAUUGGUGCCUUUUUGAAUGCUUCUUUUGGCAGUAUCAUUGAGAUCAUCCUCUAUGCUGUGGCUCUUAUGAGUGGAAAAAGCGCGUUGGUAGAAGGAGCGUUGAUUGGAAGUCUUAUGGCAGGUGUACUGUUGUUGCCAGGGUGCUCCAUGGUGAGCGGCGGUGUUAAACGCAAGGAGCAAAGAUUCAAUGCAAAGAGUGCAGAGGUGACUUCAACAAUGCUCAUUAUGGCCAUCAUUGGAGCUUUGGUGCCAACUCUCUUUUACCAAAUGUUUGGCUCGUUUGAGAUUCGAUGCACUGGUUGCCCCGAUACUGCGGAUGGUAGUGGUAGCAUUGCUUGUUCGCGAUGUUACUCUGAUCAAAUGAACCCAACCAUCGAUCCUGUGUACCAAAACAAUGUCAAGCCUCUCAUGUGGUUUUGUGCUGCCAUCCUUCCCUCGGCGUAUGUAAUUGGUAUCGUUUUCAGCUUACGAACGCACGUGGAUAUGGUGUGGAAGAAACAAUCGCAUCAUGGCAACGAACAACCACUCUCCUAUUAUCAAAAACUUUUACCCAACCAUAUCCUUCAUCACCAGCAGCAUCAUCAUCCAUCACACAAUGUCAAUGACCCAUCGACAAAACCAACCACCCAAGACCCUACUUAUGGACCACCUACAGCGGCAUCAGCAUCGGUUACAGAAAGGCCAGAUGUCUCCCAUAUCAGCAAUGAUGGCCAUGUGCUACCUACAAUCGUUCCUGCCACAGCCUAUGUGCAUGUCAAAGAACCAGAGGAAGAAGAGGAAGCGGGUGGUCAUGAUUCACCCAAUUGGAGCAGAAGCAAGAGCUUUACCAUUCUCUUUGGAUGUACCGUUUUGUAUUCUAUUAUUGCCGAGGUGCUGGUAGACACUGUGGAUGGAGUUAUGGAAAAUUUGACCGUGGAUGAAAAGUUCUUGGGCCUCACACUUUUUGCAUUGGUACCCAAUAUCACCGAGUUUAUGAACGCCAUCUCCUUUGCAUUAUACGGCAACAUCGUGCUAAGCAUGGAGAUUGGAUCAGCGUAUGCGCUACAAGUUUGUCUAUUGCAAAUCCCAGCUAUGGUGGCAUUCUCAUUGUGGUUUAACUGGGGAAAGGAAGAAUUGGCAAACUACACCUUCAGCCUUGUAUUUCCUCGAUGGGAUGUUAUUUGUGUCAUCUUCUCGGUCUUUCUCCUGACUUACACGUACCAAGAAGGACGAUCCAACUAUUUCAAGGGCUCCAUCCUAAUAUUGACCUAUUGCGUUUUGAUGGCUGGUUUCUAUUUCACCCCACCAUACACCGAAAAGAGCAUCCUCAUUGGCUUUAAUCCCAACCCGUAG